AUGGUUAACGUUGUUUUGGGGACCCAGUGGGGUGAUGAAGGUAAAGGUAAGUUGGUGGACUUGUUAGUCGGAAAGUACGAUGUGGUCGCCAGGUGUGCAGGGGGUAAUAAUGCGGGACAUACAAUUGUGGUUGACGGUGUCAAAUAUGAUUUCCACAUGUUACCAUCUGGUUUGAUCAAUCCAAAUUGCCAAAACCUUCUUGGUAAUGGUCUUGUCAUUCACAUCCCAUCUUUUUUCAAUGAAUUAGAAGAACUGGAAUCCAAAGGUCUAAAAGGGGUAAGAGAAAGAUUAUUCAUCUCAUCAAGAGCUCAUAUUGUCUUUGAUUUUCAUCAAAGAACUGAUAAGUUAAGAGAAUUGGAAUUAACAAGUGUGACCACAGACGGCAAAAACAUCGGUACCACGGGCAAGGGUAUUGGUCCUACUUAUUCGACAAAGUCUUCAAGAUCUGGUAUUAGAGUGCACCAUCUAGUAAACGACAAUCCAGGUGCAUGGGAAGAAUUUGUUACAAAAUACAAGAGAUUGGUUGAGACUAGAAAGCAAAGAUAUGGUGAUUUUGAAUACAAUGCUGAAGAAGAAUUGGCAAGGUACAAAGUGUACAGGGAACAAUUGAAACCAUUUGUUGUGGAUUCAGUUGCAUUUAUACAUAAAGCCAUAAGUCAAAAUAAGAAGAUUUUGGUAGAAGGUGCCAAUGCAUUGAUGUUGGAUAUUGAUUUUGGUACAUAUCCUUACGUUACUUCUUCUAGCACAGGUAUCGGUGGUGCCAUUACAGGUCUCGGUAUUCCUCCUCGUAGUAUCGACAAUAUUUAUGGUGUGGUUAAAGCAUACACUACAAGAGUCGGAGAAGGUCCAUUCCCCACUGAGCAACUGAACGAAAUUGGUGAAAAACUACAAACCAUUGGUGCUGAGUAUGGUGUAACGACAGGUAGAAAGCGUCGUUGUGGCUGGUUAGAUUUGGUUGUAUUGAAAUAUUCAACUUUAAUAAACGGUUACACCAGCUUAAAUAUCACCAAACUAGAUGUCUUAGACACAUUUAAAGAAAUCAAAGUGGGUGUAGCUUAUUCUAUUAAUGGUAAAAAAUUAGAUUUAUUCCCUGAAGAUCUGUUGACUGUAGCUAAUGUUGAUGUUGAAUAUGUUACAUUACCAGGUUGGGAUGAAGAUAUAACUUCAAUUAAAGACUGUGAUGAUUUGCCUGCUAACGCGAGGAGUUAUUUGAAAUACAUCGAGGAUUUCCUUGGCGUUCCAGUAGAAUGGGUCGGCACAGGUCCAAGUAGAGACAGUAUGUUGCAUAGAGAUGUUUAA